CUCACUUUUCACCAUCCCCCAUCUUCCGGAAGCACGGCAUUAUCUCUUUCUUGCUCCAUCGCGUUGGACACAAAGAUGGCAGGGCCAGAUGGUGGUCGCGACCAACCCUCUCACGAUCCGACAGGCAAUUUCGUCGGCUCUGCUUCCUCCCACUUCGCCUCGUCCUACUACCCGAUCGACACCGAGCUGACCAGCAUGUCGCCGAACUACCCAAUGCCUCCCUAUGCGCGACCGAUGGAAGAGGGGGUAGCUUCGAUAGACAAGAUCAACCAUGGAACCAUGAACAACAACUUGCCCAUGGGCCCAAAUGGUGUAGCAGCUUCCUCUGCCACUGAUCCAGCCAUGGCCCCUCCGCAAACACCAAACCAACCGACCUUCCCCUCAGCUGGCCCACGUUCAAGCAUCGAUGCAUCCUCUGAAACGCUCCAAGAUCCUCAAACUGGUGGCAAGAGAAAACGCUCAAAGGCAUCUCGUGCGUGCGACGAAUGUCGGAGGAAGAAGGUUAAAUGUGAUGCACCCACUGAAGCGGAUGGCACUCCAAAGACUUGCACAAACUGCCAGAAGGCUGGUGUGAACUGUGAAUUUGAACGCAAGCCUAUGAAACGUGGUCCAAGCAAAGGAUAUAUCAGCGCACUGGCAGAGCGAGUCCACGGAUUAGAACAAAAGCAGAGGCAGUCGCUGGAUGCCGGUCUUACAGGGUUCGCCGAGAGUUUUUCACCUGAUGAGCCAAGUGGCCCAAGUUUUAACCGCGCCUCUUCUUUCUCUGCUUCCACAACUGUCAACCCAUUUUCCAGAGCCGAAUUUCAGCGGGAUCGCAUUCCAAGCACUGGCGGCUGGGGCAUCACUUCGAUCGCUUCCAGUCUUCGCUCGCGUGCCAGCGGAAGCCUCGCCAUCGCCCCCAACGAAACCCUUCCGGCUGCGAUUCCUGAAGAAGAGGCCAACCCGAAGCCUGAUUUUCGCGACUCUACCGGGACACUCUUUGUUGAGCUCGACAGCGCUCAUCGUACCAAACGUCCGCGCAUCCAGGGACCCAACGAAGACGUGCCACCGUUCAAGAUGGAUCAUCCGUUUCUGGCCAAGUACUAUGAACAGUAUCAUCCGCUCUUUCCUUUACUCCCCAGUGAUGACAUCGUCGAUGCGGUUGUCAGCAAAGCCGACGUCGACAUGCAACAUGCGCUCGCCGUCGCCGUCGACUUAUUGCCGGACCUCAAAGCUGGAGUCACCCUCAACGGCGCUCUCGAGUCUUCCUCCUUGAAUCACGAUCUCGACCCAGCCAUCAGCCGCCCAACCCGAGCACUCAGCUCCAAAAACUUUGAGAACUACGACAAGUUGCUAGAGUAUCUCUCUCGUGCCGUUUACGGGGUGCCAAUAACUCAUUCGUUGGAGACCAAUCUUGCAUUGGCCUGGGCUUUUGCCUUGGUGUCGUUGACCUGCGAGCAUGACAUCAAGCAUAUGGAGGGCGAUGACGAGAAGUCUAAACUACAUCUGCUUGACUGCAGCCGAUUUGUCCUGAACAAGCUACGGGGCGCAGCCAUCCGUGGUGAGAUCCCGAUCGCGUUCCCCGACCAGGCCGCUUUCAUCGACACCCUCAACCUGGCUAUGAACUGUAUCCUUUUCUCGAGCAAAUAUCACUUCCUGAGCCUGGCAAUUCAUCCUGACGAAGUGACCAACCCACAUCGCCUCUCGAUUCGGAACGUCAAUUCCAGCACCGUCACUGUGGAAGCCGCAUACCUGCAAACCAGCUCAAACCAGCUUGACUGUCUCUCUGAGAUUUUCUGGCCACGCGGGGAUGCUACUCCAGAAGCGAGGUUGGUUCGGAAGAUCUUUUGGCAAGAUGUCUUCGACAUGCACCUUGUCAGUUAUGACGAAAGCCUCAGAGACUCCGCGGUUGUCAAGGAGUUCCAUUGGUUCAUGGAGGUUAUGAUGAGCCCCUAUCAAGGACAGAGGGUUCCCCUCCCAUCUCCCAUUCUCGAACGUGCCGUCAAUCUGACCAGCGUCCUCAUUGAAGACGCAAAGGCAACCUCUGGCGCUCCACGGUACAACCCCCUUGACAUUCACGCCUGGUCUACCGCCGCGAUCACUCUCUGCGAAAUCGUCACCGAUGUCAGCAGCAAGCUGAUUGCCGAUUACGCACGCAAGCACCUCGAAGACUUGCGCGUGGAGCUCCAGAAGAAGUCGGACGCACUGCACAAGCACUAUGACUUUGAGUGGUUCUACGGGGGGAAGAUGAAGCAUUGGACCGACGGUCUCAUAUCGAUGAUCGACUAUGUCAUGGAACGACCUGCUGCAGCUGACGAGAAUACGAGCAGCAGUGUGCUCUUGGUUCCCGAUUUUGCGGCUAUGAUGGAGAAUGGAUGGCUGCGAGCUCUCACUUACUUUGGGAACAAAUGAGGUCUUCUGUGCUCUGUGAAGGAAUCGAACUCGUCUUUACUCCGCCAGAGACUUGAGAUCGUCUUUACUUUGCAGAGGAAUGAGCGACGCCUGUGACACUCUGCAUAGCGAUAUGCUCAAUAGACGGCGAAUACGCGUUAUGUGCACAUACAUGUACCAUAGUGAAGCUGAACUGAAAUCCCCAAAGCGUGGGCGAUAUGUCUCUCAGCAUCGAGACACCAGACUGAACAGAGUACGAUAGGAGCUGUUUCCACAAGACAGAAACACUGAAAUGAAAACGGAUUGUCUCAAGGAGACAGAGAGUCAACCACAGAA